AUGAACCACACGACAGGGCUGUCACAAAGCAGACGUGAGACCAAUGUUAAGCGGUCGAGAUUGCGGAAGGUGUGCAAACAAACGCGACGUCGCGCGCGCAAACGACCGGACGAGGCAAUAGCGCGGCUCCCGGUUCCGCGGAGGGACAAGAUAAUUGGACGGCACCGUGACGUCACCCGCGCACAUGUCAACACACCAGCAAUCACUCUGUGUCUACAAUGGACCUUUAAGGGGGUAAAUGGGUGGGAGGGGGAUACAUUUCAGCGGCAACAGCGCGGUGGCCUGUCAAGCGUUACGUUUGACGCGAUAUGGGACGGUUACAUAUUCUGGUGGUUCGACAACUCGCCCAGUGAGUUUUGCACAAAGCCGAUGCUGGCGCGCCACCCGUUGCGAAAUAGACCG